AUGACAUCCACCAUCAACUCCAUGUCGUCUGUCAACGGAGCCUCAGGCAACCCGCUCAGCAAUUCCGUGCCGCAGAAUCCAUCCGCUGCUGCCAGCGAUCAUAACAACAGCAACAACGACAGCAACAACAGCAGACCAGCCAUGCGCUCGAGUUCCACGAUCAAGACCAGCACUGAUGGAAAUCGACGGCAGGCGGGCAGCCCUGUCGACGGUGCUCAGAGGUAUGUCGUCGUCUCCUUGUCGUCCGUCGCCGGGACGGACCGCGCCUUCCUAUUUCAUAUGCCAUACGCCAUUUGCCAUCUCUCCUUCCCCCUUUGUCUUGGGUGUCGUGUUACUGUUCUUGGGCGUGGUAGGAGCGAAGGAGGCUCCGACCGACGUUGA